UGUAAUGGUCGUUCCUACGGUGGUGCACGUGAAAUGUAGCGAUGGUAGAAAUGAGCUAAUCUCUUCGUAUCAUUGUUACUUUGCAACUGUCACAACACGUACAAAAUGGAACAAAUGAUGAAGUCCUAGCGUUCGAAAUGCACAAUCAUGCGACUAUCGCGCAUGUUACGUGUCUAAUUCGUGACGACCCAUCUGUGGCGACUGAAUGACCAACAAAACAAGCUUCGUGUGAGUUUUUCUCAUUAUCGCUGCUAAAUGAUAUUUGCAAGAUGAGCUCUAAUGGCACUCCAUCCAAGACUACAAAUACCACCCAGCUUCCUAGAGGAGUUCUUGGUCGUAGUGGAACACCAUUUCCACCAGGUGCAAGGCUACCGUCGAUACGAACUCCGAGAGACCUUACCCUCACUGGUGGUAAUGCCCAGAAAAGAACAUUUACUCCGAACGUAGCAGCUUCCCGACGGACACCCACUAAGGAUGGCAACAGUACACCAGGCCAGGUUCCAAGCAGGCAGGAAGGGCGUUCUGGGCGAGGAGGAAGAGGUGGACAGAAAGGGGAACGAGGACGGGGCAGGGGACGAGGUCGAGGAAGAGGAGCUAACCUCGUGCAGCUUCAAGGUGGAGCGUUUGCAGAUGGCCUGGCAGAUGCAGAAAAGCGAAAGGCUGGGUCCCGGUACGUUUCCACGUCAGACUCAACCGGAAGUGCUCCAGAAAAACCAAAAUAUGUGCCCACUACGGCAGCAGAGAAGGAAGAAGACGAAGAGAGGCUAAAACAGCUCCUUCGUGACGAUUUUGUAGAUGACAGUGACUUGGAAGGUAAUCGUCUGAAUCCAGUAGCUUUGCCUCUGUCGACAAUCAAGUCUGAAGUGGGCAUCAAAGAGGGAGGGGUGAGAUUAGCCGAUGGAAUUAAAACCAUCAAGAAGGAAGAAGAGGACAAAGAAGAUAAGAAAAGUGGCAAAUGUACAAAUACCCUCGCAUCCAUCACUACCAAAGGGGUGCAUAGAGUGCCGGUGUCUGAGCUCUGCACGGAUCCCAACCUGCCAGAGGUUGGAAAGCUCCUGUUCUUCCAGUUCCCGGACUCGUUACCGGGCUUAGUGGCUUCGUCAGAGUCUGGUCCGCCAAAUGCGGUUAAUGUUAAAAAGAACUGCGGAACCGAAGGAGCAUCGACGUUGGUGAAACCAGAGCUGGGUGGCAAGCCAGAAAAGAGUGACAUCAGCAGGUUCAAGCUGAGGGACUUUCCCGAGGGCUAUGUGGGAAAGGUGCAGGUGAUGAAAUCUGGUCGCACUAAGCUUCUGCUGGGAUCGGUGGCCCUCAACAUUGAGAUGGGAACGCUUGUGUCAUUCCACCAGGAUGCUGUGUCGUUGCGUGUCUUAGAAGACGGUGGAGGGGACGUAACAGUCUUGGGACAAGUACCGCAUAAACUUAUCUGUUUGCCAGACGUUGAAAACCUGCUGGCUUCGUGUCCAAAGUGAGGGGCGUAACUCGGAAUAAAUUAUGCUAAGUUUU